AGAAAAUUUAAAACAAGGGGGAAAAAAUAUUAAGAUAAAAAGGACUUUGCAAAAAAGGAGUUUCCAUUCAAAACAGCGUCAGAGGAAAGCCAAAAAAUUAAAAACAUCAGGACAGAAAGGCGGCUGCUGCUGCAAGAAGAAAAAAGCAACAAAAGAAAAUUGAACUUUACUGCACGUGAGGACUUCUGGACAUCAGCUACCUGCGGUAGGUCAGAUAGAUGGUUGGUCCACAGCGCUGCCCGGAUCAUGAACGCACAGUUGUCGAUGGAGAAUAUUGGCGACCUGCACGGAGUGAGCCAUGAGUCCGUGUCCGGUCACGGAGAGCUGCUGAGCGGUCACAGUCCACAUUCCCGUCCGGGGCCCCGGGGACUGAGCCACCGCGCUAUGGGCAUGGCGACCCUGCUGGAUAGCGGAGACUAUCACCCCGGACACCUGCACCCAGCCAUCAGCAUGUGCGAAGCCCCCCCUGGCAUGAGUGCAAGCAGCACCUACACCACCCUCACCCCCCUGCAGCCCUUACCCCCCAUCUCCACCGUGUCCGACAAGUUUCCUCCCCAUCAUCACCACCACCAUCAUCCCCAUCAUCCUCACCAUCAUCCCCACCAGAGGAUCCCCGGAAACGUCAGCGGCAGCUUUACGUUGAUGCGCGAGGACCGGAGUUUGGCGCCCAUGAACAGUCUGUACCCCGCUUAUCAUCACAAGGACCCCUGCAUGGGCCAGAGCCUCUCCCCGCUGUCCGGCUCCGGUCUGGCCAGCAUACACACCACCCAAGCCGGCAUCCCUCCUUACGCUCACCCCGGUGCCGCCAUGCCAGGGGAGAAGAUGCUCACUCCCAGCGGGUUCGAGGCGCACCACCCGGCCAUGCUCGGCAGACACACGGAGCAGCACAUGAGCUCCUCGGCGGGUAUGGUACAAAUCAGUGGCCUCCACCAUCACCCACACGCCCACCUCGGAGCGCAGGGACACGGCCAGGGGCUGGGGAACAGCCGGGAGCAGGCCUCCGGGCCCGGGCAGCAAGGGGGCGGCGGUGGAGGGGGUGGUGUGACUGGGGGCCAGAUGGAGGAGGUGAAUACCAAAGAGGUGGCGCAGAGGAUCACCACUGAGCUGAAGCGCUACAGCAUCCCUCAGGCCAUCUUUGCCCAGCGAGUCCUGUGCAGGUCCCAAGGGACUCUGUCCGACCUACUGAGGAACCCCAAACCCUGGUCUAAGCUCAAGUCCGGCAGAGAGACCUUCCGCCGCAUGUGGAAGUGGCUGCAGGAGCCUGAGUUCCAGCGCAUGAGUGCGCUCAGGCUCGCAGCAUGUAAGCGUAAGGAACAGGACCAUGGCAGGAGCGAUCGGGGGAAUGUGACCAAGAAGCCCCGGCUGGUGUUCACAGACGUGCAGCGACGGACGCUUCAUGCCAUCUUCAAGGAGAACAAGCGUCCAUCUAAAGAGCUGCAGGUCACCAUCGCCCAGCAGCUGGGCCUGGAGCUGGCAACAGUCAGCAACUUCUUUAUGAACGCACGUCGCCGGAGCUUAGAUAAGUGGGUGGAUGAUGGUUCUGGUCACUCAGUCAACUCCGGCCCCAAUGCCUGCACCAAAGCCUGA